AUGAAUUCGGUUCUGCUCCAUGAUCCGGAUCAGGCCAAUGCCGGACACUAUGCGGUUGGUUUGACCAGUGUCUAUCAGACCCUACACGAUCGAUUACUUGAGGCCUUGCAAAAAUGGGUUCCACCGGAGGAUGCUUCCGGUGAAUCCGUAGUGAACAUGUCCUCACCACAGUCGCAACAUUCGCCUGGUAACCUGGAGAAUCCCAACGGCAAAUCACGAACUGUUCCGUUUCCCACAACCAACACUACCGAACGGUGUUUAAUGGCUCCCGGUGGAUUACAGAUUGAUCUAUCUAAUCUGCAAUUCUUAUUGGCGAGGUCUGUACAAUCCCCGAUCGUUAGCCAAUCCUCGCAGUUAUCAUCAGGACUGACUAUUGUGACGGGAUCGCCUGCCAGUGUGGUGGACACUUCUAAAGUCGAUGAGCAGCAAUGUGAUUCUUCUAGGGUUAGCCACAACACUGUUGACACUCGGGUCCACCCGCAGGCGCAUUUCUAUUCGCCUCUCAGAGUUUGUACCACUGGGCCUCAGUAUCAAAUGUCAGAAUCCCUUGCUGCUCACUUGCUUACCGGUGAUAAGCAGUCCAAACAAUUCAAGAACGGAUUGACGUUGCCUUCCCAUAAAGACUCUGUAGACGCCGGAGAACAACAAUUUAAAUCAAUCAGUACCUCAUCCAACCUCUUACAUCAGCUGCUUAGCGGUGCAGACGUGACUCAGGUUCGUAAUCGAAGCGGGCUCCUCGAACCUACCUUGUGCACUAAACGGGUGACGGAAACGAAACAAUCGCAACACACAAGCCCGAAAGAACCACAUGCGGAAAAUGUAUCCGGUACCGGUGGGAAUCACAUCCCUGUCCCGUUCACCACGGCCACCAUUCCAAUUUCGAAUAUCCAACUCGUACACUCCUCGCCCAUGGACACCGCCAACGCAAUGAUUUCGACCGGUACAAAUCCGGAGACAUAUUUUCUCCAACAGUCCCUGUCCGGUUUCGCUUCGACCCUGGCUCCGUCCAUUCCUAACGGGUCCACGUCACUCGUGGAAAAAUUACUUUGUUUGCUCAUCGAAAUACAGAAAGCCCAGCAGUCCAGCGCAAGCUUCAAUUCGAUCCCGAUGAACAGUAGUGUUUCUCCUCGACCCAAUGCAAGUCCCUGUUCCACCGUGGUGGACGGUUUACCGAUCGGCACACCGAACUCACUAAACAGCCCGGUGCCUGGAUUUUCAGCCCCAUUUACAAACAGUAGUAGCAGUAGCAGCAGUGGCAGCGGUAGCGGUAGCCGUAGCGGCAGCAAUAGUAGCACACCGACACCCGCAGCUACCAUUCCUAUUCAUCAAGAUGUUACCGGUUCCGCUCAGUGCUUGCGUCAACUGUUGACCACUGCGACUGUCUCUCAUUCCGAUCCCGAUCACCUGUCCCCGGCCAAACACCAAGCACUCAAGCACAAUUCCAGACCGCAAUCACCUUUACGGGUUGGAAAAUCCAAGCUUCCCCGUGAAAUGUGGCCUUUGUUACAUUCUGAACCGGUCAGAGAAGAUAACAACAACAACAACAACAACAACAAUGAAAAGGGUGACAAUGUCAAUGCUUACGAACCCAGACCACGUAGCAAAAGUGAUAUUCCCAACAGUAUGAAAAGACAUUUACGUCUUGCACGGGAUUUUCGAUCGCGUAGUCAAACUAAACCGGAAAACCUAACGAGUCGAUCAUCUGGACCACAGUUCAUGGAAUCGGAGUCGGAAAGCACAUGUGAGCUGGAAUCCAGUUUAUUUGCCCAGUUGAUCCUCUCGCCUGAUUCUCCGACUAGGUCAAGUUCCCGUCAAUCGGAAACUGUUAACAAAGAGUUCUCACACAAUCCCGGUCACAAUGAAAGUCGAACUUCCGGUACGGGUGCGGGUGGUGGUGGUGGUGGUGAUCAGUACAGUCAGACACCAACCACCGAUUCCACACAUUCGACCACAUCGUCCAGGGAUUCAAUACGAUCGCCUAGCAGACCAACUCCUAUGAGCGUGACUCCGAUUGCAACCACUAAACUCACCAUGGAUGACCCACCGAAUUCUCCGUCACCGUUUUUGACUUGUCAUUCAGGCAGUCGGACUCAAGUUUUCGAAUGGCUACGAGAAUCCGAUUUGUUUGUGGCUGAGCACUGUUUUGAUAUUCCUUUAGGUGCCCUGCUUGCCACCGCAAUUAGUCCCGGUCGAGGUCAAUGGGCGGAACUGUGCUGUUCCGCCCUGUUCACUCCAAAUCCUCCGGUUGUGGAUCCGGUACCGGGAUUGGCCAAACACGUGGUGAACAAAUUGUGGCAUCAGCUACUCCUGGUCGCCCUGAUCGAGAACGGUUUUCGACCGCAAUGUGUGACCAGUCGAACCGGGAAUUCCUCGGCCCAAUCGGAUUUGAAUGAUUUGUCCAAAUCCGGCCGAAACCGAUCCGAUUUGCAUCAUGCACAACCGUUAAGAGACAAAGUCCUGCACGCCAUCUCUUCGUUGGCUGCUCUGGACAUGGAAGAAUCCCCGGCUCCGGAUGAACACCUAGUCGCGGAACUGGACCGUCUCGUAACCGAUGGCUCGCGGAUGAAGUUAACUCCCGGACUAUUCCGACUCAUACGUUACUGCAUUUUGGCACAGAAUGCGUAUCCACACCAUUUUUCAACCACCUACUCGGAAGCCCUGUCGGAACUGGAGGCAGAGCUCACGAGCACUCCAGGUGCUCCAGCCCUAACAGAUGUACUAAAACUGCUUAAUCACUUGCAUUGUUUUGAUGCGGGCACCCUGAAACAGUUUUUCGGUCUCUCGUCCGAUCCGAUCGGUGCGGUGAGCGCACUGCGUUCAUCACCGACAUUCACGUCUGCCGCCGAACUAUCACCAACCGCUGAGAUGAACAGCGGUAGCCAGAAUUUUGGUACAUUCAAGCGUAAAGCGGACGGAAUCGAUGACCUAAUUUCUUCAAACGCGGACACCAACGAGCAGGGCUCUAGUCCGAUUCCGGUUCGGUCUCGGGCCUACACGACGACUGGAUGCAAUAAGAGCGCUCGAAUUAGCACCUUGGCAUCAGGUAACGAAUCGGAGUCAGCACUCAUGGCAUCCGCUUCAGGUGUGGUUUUCCAGGGUCGACCUAGAAGCGAUACCGUGCCCCGUACAACACGUCAUAAUCGUCGUGCCGAGCGAUCAUGGCGGUUCGGGAUUCGGUAA